GAGAGCAGGGAAAGUGUCAUUUUGAGGGACCUUUAGUCCCACUUUGGCCCUUAAUGAAGACACUACCUCUAAAGUCUUUAUAUUCUUCUUAUACUGAGGUUCUCAAAACUGCACACGGGAUUCCAGGUGUGGCCCCACCAGUGCGGGGGUCUCUAUUUUGUAUUUUUCGUCGCUCGACUUCUCCCGGGAACCCAUGUUCGGAAGACCUGAAUCGAGACGAGACCAGCCUGAGCACAGCGCCGCGACACAGGGAUGGACGCAGCGGGAAAAACGAGGGUGCGGCCUUUUCGCUUUCGGAGCAAAUAACCAGCGGGUGCGGGCCCCGCCCCGGUCCCGCCCGGCCGCGGUCCCGCCCCUGCCCGCCCCUCGCACGCCGGGCCGCGCUGGGACCGCGCCGCCGCCGCUCCCGCCGCGCUCCCGGAGCCGCGGGCCCGCCCGGCUGUGCGGGCGCCGGGCGGGAGGAUGCGGCGCUUGGCGCGGGUGGCGCUGCUGUGCCUGGGCUGCGCCGUGUGCUCGCUGCUGUACGGCCUCAGCCAGCUGGCCCUCUCCCUGGAGCAGGAGCCCGGCGGCGGCGGCCGCCAGAGGCAGGCCCGAGACCCCGCGGCGCCUGGCGCCCGGCGGCAGGCGGGGAGCGCGGGCCGAGGCGAGGCGGGGACCGAGAGCUUGAUGAAUUCCCCUAUGAAGGAAAAGUUAAUUACACAUUAUAUCCAAUAACAUUUCCAUCUGAGAGUGCAGGAGAAUGGAAGAAAUUGUUUAAACCAUGUGCUUCACAAAGACUCUUUUUGCCAUUAAUCCUCAAAGAUGUGGAUUCACUACUGUAUGUUGAUACUGACAUCUUGUUUUUGAGGCCUGUUGAUGAUAUUUGGUCUUUUCUGGGAAAGUUCAACUCCACACAAAUUGCUGCAAUGGCACCAGAACAUGAAGAGCCUCGUAUUGGGUGGUAUAAUCGUUUUGCUAGACAUCCCUAUUAUGGAGCAACUGGAAUUAAUUCUGGAGUCAUGCUAAUGAAUAUGACACGUAUCAGAAGAAAAUAUUUCAAGAAUGAUAUGACACCAGUCCGGUUACAAUGGAGAGAACUUCUGAUGCCACUACUAAAGAAAUAUAAGUUGAACAUAACAUGGGGUGAUCAGGAUCUAUUGAACAUUAUGUUUUUUCACAAUCCAGAAAGUCUUUACGUCUUUCCUUGCCAAUGGAAUUACCGGCCUGACCACUGCAUCUAUGGAAGCAAUUGUAAGGCAGCUGAGGAAGAAGGUAUAUUUAUUCUUCAUGGAAAUAGAGGUGUUUACCAUGAUGAUAAACAACCGACUUUUAGGGCCGUCUAUGAAGCAAUUAAAAAUUAUUCAUUUGGAGAUGACCUGGUUCAUUCACUGCUGCAGCCCCUGGAACAGGAAUUACAGAAAACCAUGCAUACAUACUGUGGAAGAGUAUACAAAGUAUUCAUAAAGCAGCUAACAAAAAGCAUAAGAGACUUGUAUGCCAGAAGAUCAAAGGGAAGGUGAUUUUUGACUCCUUAGCUGUUAUAUCAAGAGACUGAAUUAACAUAGCUGGUCAAAAGGUGCAAGAAUUCUAUUACAGCUUGAACGGGCUCUUAAUGUGCCCAGAAAAAAAAAGUUUACUAGCAUGCAUAAAAAUGAAGAAAAUAUUCAUGUAAUGAAGAACAAGAACUUUUUUCUGCAAAGGUGACUUUUUGGUUUUUUGAAGUUUAAUCAGUGCUAAUGUUUGUCUCAUCUCUAAUGAUUUGGGUAUUACUGGCUUCCGUGGUCAGUACUUUAGUCUGCAUAAUUCAGUUAUCGAAUGAUAAAUGAACAAGCAAGAAAUGAAGAUGACUCUGUUUGGGAGUGUACCUCAUAUAUUGUCUAAAAUUCUCUUAAACUGUGAAUGUAGCAAUAACUGAGUCAGCAGCACUAACCUCACUUUAAAGGUAUGAGCCUUUAUGUAAACAAAGUUGUUUACAGCUGCAGAAAAUACUCUCUUGUCAACGAAAUGUGUUGUAAUCAUUGACAAUCUGUAUGUGCCUUUUUAUGUUCAUCUCUUACAUGUUGAAGUACUGUUUUGACAAUCUUGUUUCAUUUAUCUCAGAUGUAAACUGCACACUAUAGAUAUGAUUUUCUGAGAAAUUAAUGACUAGUAUGGGAUACUAGUUUUCUGUGUUAGUAAAUACAGAGACUUUAUAUUAAAAAAAAAUUGUUUCAACAUUGUAGAGCCAUUAGCACCAAAAGGUGGAGCAGAAGUGAGGGGGUUUUAAGUAAAAAUCCAGUUUGAAGUUGCUUGUAUUACAAUACUUCUUAAAAAUUUCAUGGUUUUGCAGCUUUAUAGGGUAUCUUGGAAGUAGAAAAAAAUGCCAGUGGUGAAAAGCUGUUGCUGUUGUAUUUCCAUAGUAGGAAUUUUUACCUGAUUAUUGUUACAGAGUAUGUAGUACCUAAAAGUGAAGAGCUGUAGUAAGAGUUAUCUGAUGCUUCAUCAGACUGUGUAGUCAAUGGGUUUUUUAGAGAAUAUAUCCUGUUAAAAUAUUUUUUUUAAUAAAUGGCUUUAAAAUAGUUUUGGGGCAGACCCUCAACUACAUGAAUGCAUUACUGUUGAUAAGGUGAAAGUGAUUUGCAACAGGUAAGGAUUAGGUUUCCUCCAGUUAUCUUAGUGAAAAGAGAAAACCUUCUGUUCAAGUAAUAAAAACUUUUUCUCCAGAGAAAACCAUGAAGAUAAUGACUGAAUUCUAAUGUUACAGAGAAAUAUUUAAACUUGCAUGGUAUGAAAAGUAUUUGUCAAAUAUAUAUGAACUUAGAUAACCUGUCUAAGUGAGAUGAAGUCUUCAUAAAGUGAGCUUUUGGAUUCCAGGAAAGUUCCUGUGUGUUGAACAUGGAGGAUCCACUCACUGACUUGCACCUUCAUCCCAACCCCAUUUUAGAAACUUAAUUUUUGUAGCUGUUUCCUUGUCAAAGAUAGACUGGCUCUGCCUUCCAGAUCCAUGUAAGCUGGACAAAUGCUUUAGCAUUUACUACAGAAACACACUCCACUGUCAGCAGGGUUUGUAUCCUGCUUCUAAUUUCCCUGCAGGCUCAGGGUAUAAAUUUUUGGGAUGGAAUCUAGGAAGCAGUCUGCCUCUCAUGUAGAACUAUUUUUUCUUGCUUUGUAACCUUUUGAAAAUGUAGAAAUCUCUGUGAAGGUGAAUACUGUAACUGACUGAUUUUACAGUGCAUUAUUUUUUUACAUAAAAACUGAUUUUUAUAUCAAUUUGUCUUCAUAUUUCCUUUUUACUUGUACUAUGUGUUUGUAUUUAAAAAAAUCUUUGUACUUGUUUUUUGUUUGUCUCUGCAGAAACCUUCAGUUUUGAAUUUAUUUUUAGUAUGUUGUAGACAUAUCAAGAUACUCUUAAAACCUAAUGGGCCAUUCAAGAAAAAAAACAGGGAAUGUGAAUUUUAGCAGCAAUCUUUCCAUUUAAAUUUCAAAUUUUGUGGGGGAGUAGAAGAAAAAGAAUUAAUACUGAUGCUUAUUGCAGGACAAAAAUUCUUACUGUAUGUUUCUGUCUAGAAAUGUUUAUGUAGCAUAUUACAAAUAGCAGGAUAUGGCCUUAUGCCGUAGGUUUUGAUUGAUUUUUUUAACAUAAAUGAAAACUGCUCUUCUCAGGUCACCUCCAGGUAACAUUCGUGAACACUUUAGAAAACUUCUUACAAAAGCAAGUAGCUUCCAUUCAGUCAUUUUCCAGAGUAUUUGUCUGUUUCAAACACAUUUUUAAUUCUCUAAUCCCUGUGUUUUAAAUUAGAAAAACAACCUGCCUUUACAAACAAAAACCCAAAUCUGGCUUAUAAGGGAAUAUUUGGAGACGCUAAAAAGACUGGGAAUCCAGAUAAUAUGAUAGAAACCAGUUAUGCUCCCAAACAUUUCAAUACCUGAUUUGUAAGGUUAGAUGCUUAGAAGUGUAGAGCUUACAUCUAGCUUGGGCAUCCUUACUGCUGUCUAGUUUUAGAAGCAUUGCUUUUUCUACAAACAUAGUGAUUACUAAUACAUUUCAGACCUUUAGUAAUCAUAUUUUUAAUGAGUUGUUUGUUAUAAAGUUUUUAUAAAGUGUAAAGCUGGAUAGAAAAAUGUGAACAUCAGGAAAGAUACAUUCAGGUUAACUGAAGAUAAAUCUGUCUUCCUCAUGCUUGAUUAGUCUCUAUGUGAUGGUACCAUUAUUCUGUCUCUUUUGAAGGGAUCACAGUCUCAUGGUAAAGAGAUCUGUGUGAAGAUGUUAUUGUCUUAUUUGGAUGAACUUCUGUCAGUCAUUGCAGACAGUAUGAAAAGCAAGCGAUGCCUUAAUGGCACAGAAACAUGCUUGUGUGUGAUGCUUGUGCCACUGCCAGUUAAUAAGGCUGUAUAAGCCUUAUGAAAAUGUCUGUCCAGUUAUUUGUAGUUAUGCUGAAAUUUAGACUGAGGUGACCUUUAAUGCUAGUUGAAUGGUUUUGAUAACUUUUUGGUUUAAGUUUAGAAUGAUUAAGAAAACAGGUUUAGAGGAGGAAAAUAAUUUUUGUUAUUCUUAAAUGUAUUUUAAAAAAAUAUGGAGUUGUCUUGUGCUGGUUUUGACCUAAAUUGGGUCAAGUUGUAAACUUCUGGCAAAAUGAUUGGAAGACUGAACUGUCAGUGUCUUUCUUAUUUUGUACCAGAUUUCUGUCCAUACCAGACAUACUCCAACCAUUCAGGCUUUCUACCCUUCCAUCUGUACACUUUACAUAACAGGAUGACUGAGAAGCCAGCUGUCUUUCUUUUUCUCCUCCCAAAUUACACUUCCUAUCUACACAGCAUGGAGAGGGAAGUAGCUUCAGUCUAGAAGUAGGAGGAGGAUAUGGUCUGGGGCUGCUUGGAACGCUUAGAAGCAGAACAUGUAGGAAGUAUAGCUGCAGGUGUAAUGUGUAAAAGGUAUAUGCACUAUUGGGCUCUUUUUUAAAAUGGAAAUAACAAUAAAUUGCUGCUGCUUAUUAAUUCA